AUGCUUGCCUUGAAGCACUCCAGGACCCGGGUGCCAACUGGCGAGGUCGGCGCAGCAGAUGCGUUCAACCGUCCCCCGGUCGGCAUUGGCCCGGAUCCUGAUCUGGCGGGCUUGGUUCAGAGUCCAGCUCACUGCCCACCAGGGCUCGGCCGUGUAACCAACGCCUGGCGGUGCUGGCUUUGA